CCUGAAGGCGGCGCUUGGUGUCGUCAUAGAAGCGGCCAUGUCGCAGCUGGUUCGUUUGCGCUGCUGCUCGUGGACAAUUUUGUUGUUUUUCUUGUGCCGUCGGAGGCUUUGGGCGGCGGCGGCGGAGGCGCAGGACAGCUGCGACAACCUGCGACUCGGACAGUAUUUGUGUAAAGAGCCCAAGAUCGACGACGGCACUCAGGAGCCGGAAAACUGCCGCGAUGCCAGCGCGUGGGUGGAGUGUCUUCCAGCUCCAAACGUCACCUGUCGACUUUCCAACGGGACGGAAUUUCGCUUCAGUGGGGAGGAGGUGGGCUUCAAUAGAACCGUUCCCUGCAGGAACGUGAGCGUCUACUCGUACAAGGUGGCCGUGGCGCUGUCGCUCUUCCUGGGCUGGCUGGGCGCCGACCGCUUCUACCUGGGAUAUCCCGCGCUCGGCGUGCUGAAGUUCUGCACGGUGGGCUUCUGCGGCAUCGGAACGCUGGUGGACUUCAUCCUCAUCGCCGUGCAGAUGGUGGGGCCGUCGGACGGCUCCGACUACAUCGUGGACUACUACGGCGCCCGCCUCAGCCGCCUGACCGUCACCGAGCGCACGUACAGGAAGCCGCACCUCUCCCCGUGACGGGGAGCCGGAGUCGGAGUCGGCCGCUCGAGCCUCACACAAAAAGUCAAAGGCACUUUUUCUUUGGUUGAAAAAAAAGACAAUGUUUCCACAUGUAGUCACGCACGCGUGUUCACACUCACUUCUGGUUUAAAUAUCGACAACCUUUAACCACCUUCAUCUUCCUCACACACAUUUCGCACGACACACCUGUCAAUCACUCUCAUAUUUAAACCAUCGUCGUCAUCAUGAUGUCUGUUUGUGCUCAGCUUGAAAAGUCUUGGUGAAGAAGAAAUGUGGACAUUUUGGACUGUGUGAAAUGAAUAAAUUAUGAAAGUGUAAAGCCAA